CUCAAGUGCGAUGCCAUAUGAUGGCAUUUAUAAAGAAACUUGCGAUGAACUAUAUGGUGAACCUUAUAAUGAAUUUUAUGAUGAACCUUACGAUAAACCUCAUGAUGAACCUCACGAUGAACCUCACGAUGAACUUUUUAAUAACAAUGCUACUCAGAAACCAGCAAAUAUGACUGGUUCAGAUGAAUUUGUGGAUAAUGAAUCAUUAACUUCGAUUGAAACUAACGCAACUAAUAAGCAACAUACAGGUGCUGAAAUAGCUAGUGCCAUGGAAAACUGUCUUCGAUCAAUGGGAAUUAUUUCUAAAAUAAUGGUGAUUACACAUGAUAAUGCGACUUCUAAUAAUAGAUUUUUACAAGACUUUUCUGACUCUAUUUCAUCAGCCAGUAUUCAAUUUGAUGAUAAACAACAAUCGCUGAUUCUUGAUGUUCCUACUCGGUGGAACUCCACCUAUGAAAUGUGUGCUCGUGCAUUAGUAUUACAAAUCGUGCUAGACACUAUCUCUCAUACCGAUCUGGAUUUACGCCAAUACGUACUUUCUGAGAAAGAUUGGGAAAAAAUUGAACUUUUUGUUUCAAUUUUAGCACCAUUUAAAGAAGCAACGGUUGAGAUGUCAAAACAAGAAUAUCCAACUUUGUCAAUGGUUAUCCCUCUCUAUUAUUUGUUAGUUGAAACACUUAAUGAGGCUACGAAUAAGGAAAACAUUCUACAAUGGCUUGCUCAUGGGUGUGAGGCUGCAACCAUGAAGCUUUUAGGAUAUUGUCAAAAAUUAAAUAUACUAAAUGUUGCUGCAGUAAUAUUAGAUCCACGGCUUAAACUUGGAUAUUUCGAAACUCUCAAAUGGCAAUCACGACUUAUUAAUCAAAUCAAGGAUAUUAUUACAAACAAAUAUGAAAAUGACUAUACACCUGUUCCUAGUCAAGAUGCAGCUUAUACAACCAAAGAACCAUCUAAUAUAAUGGCAUGA